CACCGGAGACAUAAAUUAUAUUUGUUCCGGGUUCAGAACGACUGUUGUUCCAUCGUCUAUGAGAUUGCCUGUAAAGAUGGUAGAUAAAGCUGUUGACAGGGAUGAUAACUCAAAAGUUGCAAUUAUUAGAGAAGUAUAUGACAGUGAAAAUGCUCAUGAAACUUUUGAGUACGAGUUAGAAAGAGCCCUUGAGUCCGAAUGUACUUUAAUCAUAAUUGAACCAUCGAAAUUGGGAGAUGAAACUUCCAGAUGGAUAACGGUUGGUAAUUGUCUUCAUAAAACUGCAACGUUAUCUGGCUUAACAGCUAUCACAACAGGUCUUAUAUGGGGCGAUCGACCUUAUAUUUGUGGCACAUUAGGUUUUGUAUCACUUAUAACUUGUGGACUUUACACUUUGUCAUGGCAGUUUGAUCCAUGCUGUCAAUACCAAGUAGAAACUGACACAAGUAAGCUACCACAUGUAGAAGUGUUAGCUAUCUUAGGUCCAUCGUCGCCAACGUUUCUUGUAAGAAAGGAUGAUACGAGGAGACGAAUUCUUCAUGCGACUGUUACACUGACAGCCAUUAGCAUUAGUGCAUGGAGAAUCUAUCAAGCUUUUAAAUGAAAAUUUAAUUGUUGAAAACGAAUUAUAUCUUGUUUUUAAAUUGAAGAAGCAACAUAAGGGCCAUGCAAUACAUCAUCAACAAUAGAAUGCAAGGCCUAGCAUAGGAUUCUUUAUAUUAGAAGAAACACAGAAUCACAUUUGCUUGUACAGAGGAGACUUUGUAUUACAUAAAAUGUAUAACUUCACUUAACAAUUGCAUUUAGCUUCGGACAUUAUCUUCAGAGUUGCAGGUGUUUCUACUCUGUGAUCCAUAAUUUGUCGAUUAUACUAUAAUCAUUUUUGUCACAAAACAAAUUGAAAAAUAAUUCAAGUAAUAUGUGUUCUUUUAACUAUACAGAAUUGCAACUUUAAAUUCAAGAAGUUAAAUGUAGCAUCGUGUAUUUUUAGAUUGUAUAUAAAAUAGGUAGAUUGCACAGAACACGAAAUGAAGAAAAGAAGAACGUUGCCUAGACUUUUUCAUUUUAUAAAAUUAAUAAGAAUCAAAGCAAAAUGACUGUGUCUGUGCAUAAUAAUUGUAAAUGAUAGUGUUAUUCUAUACUCCAAGUUGUUUAAAUAAUAUAACAUUUUAACGAUUA